AUAUUUCAACUUGUUUCGGACGACAGUAAUUCUACUCUGCUUCCAAAAACUCCUUUUCGUGCGAUCUGACAAUCUCGCUCUACCCUCGAACGCCAUGCAGAAUUUGCGCAAAACGCUACGGAAGUUGAAACGAAAAGAGCUCGUUCCUGAUCCUCCACAGGAACGUUCAUUGGAGAUUCCCCCACCUGCCACAACACGCACGAAAGAGUACGGACUCUUUUCUCUCAGUAAAAAUGAGGGACACGACGACUCGAAAGACCUUCUAGAGGUGGACAUAGUGGCCAUCCAUGGCCUGAAUGGGAACGCCUACACGACAUGGCAGCAUGAAAACGGGGUACUUUGGUUGCGAGACCUGCUUCCAAGCUGCCUUCCGGGGUCUCGGGUAUUCACUUAUGGAUACCCAUCUGAGGUCUUCUGCAGUAAUUCGGUUGCCACGUUGCGCGAUUACUCUCGAAAUCUCCUGAGCUCUCUCGCUACCCUGAGUGAGGACAAACAGCGUCCGAUAAUAUUUGUCUGCCAUAGUCUUGGGGGAAUAGUGUGUAAGCAGGCUCUUGUAUUGGCACAUGAAGAUGACCGCCUGUAUGGCGAUAUACUCUCCGCUGCUUCAGCUAUCGUGUUUUUUGGCACUCCACAUCGUGGUUCUGCGACAGCUGAUAUUGGGAAGAUUGUGGGAAAGAUUGUCAAUGUGUGUCUGCGCGCUUCGCAGACCACUCGCAUAGCUGGAUCGAUACGUGAUGACCUUCUCACAACCCUAGGCUCCAACUCUCAAGCAUUAGGCGAUCUCGCGACCUCGUCUCGAAAUCGCCUGAGGAACAUGGACAUCGUGACCUUCCACGAAACCGAGACCAUGCCCGGGUUAUCUGAAUUGGUCGUUGAUCAAAAAUCCGCCAUAAUGGAAAUUCCUGAUGAGGCUAUAAUACCACUCUAUGCGAAUCAUAGAACCAUGUGUCGUUUUGGGGCGGAGACGGAUGAUGGCUUCCGCUCUGCUCUCAACGCCAUAAAACGACUGGCCAGAACAGCCCUUGCGAAGCAAGCUAUGGCAACAAAGGUGAAUAGGGCGUCAUCCAACCAAUCUUUAAGCGAAGCUGAAAAGUCUUGCAUGGUCCUGCUAAACUCGAUCUUUAUCGCAGACUACAAAGCACAAUUACCACGACCAGUGCAGGGAACCUGCAGCUGGAUUCUGGGUCAUCCUACAUAUUUGUCUUGGUCAAAUGCCGAAGAAACGAGUUUACUCUGGAUCACGGGGGGACCUGGCUGUGGCAAAACGAUGCUCUCCGCUUAUUUGACAGACAACCUCAGACUAGGUCGUGCUGCCCCUGCCAAACCUCAGGUAUUCUUUUUCUUCUGCGACGAUAAAGUCAAGUCUCAGAAAGACGCAAACGCUAUACUUCGAGGCAUCAUCUAUCAAAUCCUACAGCAACAUCGAAAACUCAUUAAGCAUGUGAAGAACCGGUUUGAAUAUGACGGCCCUGGCCUUGUAAACUCCUUUUCGGCACUUUGGGAAUUGCUCCUAAAGAUAGCUGCAGAAUCAAGGUCAGAUACUAUCGGAAUCAUAGUGGAUGCAAUAGAUGAGUGCGAAGAAAAGACGCGCACUGUUCUUUUGAACGCCAUACUACAAUUCAUAAACGAACCCCAGGAUAUACAUCGAAAAGAUCAGCUCUCCAUUAAAUUUAUGAUUACAAGCCGGCCAUCACUUGGAAACUCGUACAACCUUACCGGACUGAAGAAUAAAUUUGAAAUCGAGGCAAACCAAGGUAAUAUCAGUGAGGAUAUAAAGUUGGUCAUUCAAAGCAAGAUUGGCGACAUUGCGAACAAGUUUCAUUUUGAUGACGAAACGCAAAUCUAUUUAGAACAACUUCUAUACUCUAAGUCUGACCAGAGCUUUCUCUGGUUGAAUAUGGUGCUCCACAGUUUGGAAGGAAGCCGAAAAGCAUCGAAGAAACAUUUUGAACGAAUCAUCAACACAUUCCCCGAAAAUCUUCAGGCUACGUAUGCAAGAUUCUUAUGCGAGAUCGCAUCUCAAGAUCGAGAAGACGCUACAAAAUUGCUACGAUUGCUUAUUGGGAGCUCGAGACACUUAACGUUGACGGAGAUGAACACUGCCUUCACAGUUGAUCAAGACCACAAUUCUAUUGCCGACGUGACAGAUGACUUGCAACACCACAUUCGCUCAACAUUACACAACAUAGUGGGAUCUUUCGUCCGCAUAAAAGACGACAAUCAACAUUCAGACGAGCAUUCGAAAGUUGCGCUAAUACACCAAACCGCAAAAGAAUUCUUGACGGAUCUUGCGCUCCACUCGACCGACAAGUCAGUACACGGUCUCGCGAUUCCAUUAGCAGAUGCAGCACUAUGCAUAUGUGAAUCGUGUAUGCGUUAUCUUCUCCUGCAGGAAUUUCAAUCGGAUCUUUUCACUUCAGAACGCAGAAGUUUCGAGACUAGCUCGUCCAACUCAAACCCUUCGCUCCCCUUCGCAGACUUCGACCCGGAAGGCCUAGACGGUCCUCUUAAUCUAGACGGUCCUCUUGGUCUAGACGAUCAUCUUGGCCUGGACAAUUUCUUCAAGGACACUCACACUAUGGCUAAGGAGAAAUGCAUUCUGAUUGCUCAGGAGUAUAAGUUCUUUGAUUAUUCCGCAAUUCAUUGGGCUGAGCACUACUCGCUAUGUGAAGACAUAGCCCCAAAGCCUCUCCGACAAGCAGCUCAUCAAUUGUUAGCAAGUCGCAGCUGCGUGCUGACAAAUUGGCUGAAAUACUACUGGGUUCGAAAAAACAUACAGUACCCCUUUCCAGAUAAUUUCGAGACCGUCGAGGUGGCAGCAUUCUUCAACUUAACCGUUCUGCUCACUGAGACAUUGGAAAAAUCAGAGCUCAGUAGUGGAGAUAAAAUCAAUAGCGAAGAUACAAUAAAUCGGGCGUUAUUCUGGGCGGCGAGAAUGUCUUCGUUAGGCUCGAUUAAAGUCUUGCUUCAGCACGGUGCGGAUUCUAAUGGCGUUGGUUUUGAUCGGCAGACACCCUUGACGAUUUCUGCGCAGUACGGACAUCUGGAUGCUGUUGUGAUACUUCUUAAUGAGCCAAGGAUAAAAGUCACUCAGAAGGCGAAAUCUACAAGAUCAGCACUAUCGUUCGCAGCAGGAAAUGGGCAUUUGGAAGUUGUUCGAGCGUUAUUGGAGCACGGAGCACUCACCACGGAUGACCAAGAUAGCUCAUGCUGGACGCCACUAUUCUGGGCCGUUCAAGGAGAUGACGCAAGCAUCGUACAAUUGCUACUACAGCAACCAUCCAUCGACAUCAACCAAGUCGAUAAAUCGGGACGUUCGGUACUAUCUUGGGCCGCAGGGGAAGGAGCUCGAAACGCCCUAAAGGUCCUCCUUCGACAUCCCUCCAUCGACCUCAAUCUUCGAGAUCACAAAGGGCGCUCUCCACUUUCGUGGGCUGCGGGCAAUGGUCAAAGAGAAGUGGUUAGUACUUUGAUGCACAAAACAGGAAUUGACAAAGGCACGAAAGACAAUGACCAGCGCAAUGCAAUUUCAUGGGCGUGUCAAGGCGGCCACACGGAUACCCUACGCAUUCUGCUCAAGAACAAUUGUGGCGGCGAGGACGACUUGGAUGCUGACACCUGGACGCCACUUCUAUGGGCGCUCUUCAACCAUUCCCCUUUGACGGUGGAAGCGCUUCUCUCGACUCGCCGUGUUCAAAUUGACCGUCAAGACCGUGAAGGUCGCACGGCAUUGUAUUGGGCUGCGAACUACGGAUUUCUAGAGGUGGUUCAGGUACUGGUAUCGUGGAAUGCGGAUCUGCAAGUCAAGACCUGUGAAGGACGCACGGCUAUAGAAGUUGCCAGGUUGCAAGGGCAUACUGAGGUGUGUGAAUAUCUGGAGAUUCAACAGGAAAGAGAAGCACGAAAGGUUGCAGGGCUGUAA